AUGUUUAUUUUUUAAUAUAUAAAAAUUCAGAAUACAAUAAAAGAACCAAAAAUUAUACAAUUUAGUUAACUUAUAAUUCAAUAAUUAUGGAUGGUAGAAAAGAAUGAAAAUGUUAGAAAUAUAUUUAAAGAUUAAGAAAUGAUAAAUUAAUAAAAAAAGUUAUAUUCACAUGAGUUAAAUACAUUUUCAUAGAAAUUAUAAUAGAAGUUUAAAUAAAAACUAGGCGAAUUGCAAAAAUUAGAAGCAGAAAUUAGAUAAGAAGGCUUAAUAAAUGAUAAAUUUGAAUUGAAAAAAAGAUUAUAAGAGAAAUAGAAUGAAUUUUCGAAUUAUUUAAAAAAUAUAAAUGAGAUGACUUAAUAGAUAAAUAUAAGUUUUAUAUUUUUAUAAGAAAUACAUAAUGAAAUAUCAAUUUUAUAAAAUAAAAUUGAUAAAAUAUAAACUAAUGUUGAUGAUAUUUUAGCUGAUAUAAGAUAACUUAGAGGUAAAACAUACAAAGAGUUAUUAACAAUGAGAAAAAAUAAAAUUUUACAUGAGUAAUAAAUUACUGAUAUGAAUUCAAUAUAUAUAGAAUUGAAAAAAAAUAGAAGAUAUUAUUAAUCAGAAAGAUAACCUUCAACUGAAAAUUAAAUUUAAACAUUUUAUUAUAAGAGAAAGAAAAUGAAAUUAAUUUAACAUAAACUAUUUAAAAAAAAGAAGCAGAUGUGACUCAUUUUUUUAAUUUAGAGAAAAAAUUUGAUGUAAUGUUGAUUAGAGGAUAAGCAGGGUCAGGAAAAAGUAGAGCAGCUAAAAAAAUAGAAGAAUACAUUUGGAAAUUGUAUUAAGGUCGUUCAGAAGAUUGGAUUCCAAUAUUUAUUUCAUUACCAUCACUUAAAGAUCCAAAGAAAAAUUUAUUUAAUGAAGCUUUAGAAUCAGAUUUUUAUCAUUUUGACAAAAUUUAAAUAAAAGAAUUGAAGGAUGCAAUUUAAAAUGAUAGAGAAAAAAUAGUAACAAAAUCUUUAUGA